CAUUCUCCACCAAUAUUUCAUUCAUUCGCUCCAGUCUUCAUUUUUUGCAUCAUGUGAUAAUGCAUGCUUACGAAACCAUGGUUGGAAAAGACGGUACUUUCGUAUUAGCGUCACCGUAGACACCGUAGACAAUAGAUAGCAAUUACUUAACCGGGCAAACGUAUGCCGUCCGACGCUCGCUAACGCUAACCUAACUAAAGGAUCGUCUCCUAUGUUUCAAAGUACCGAAAAAACCUUUAGUGUAUAACACACACAUUCAUUCAUUCAUGGAAAUCAUUCCCAUCGAAGUAGAUAUCACCCAGAAAGUCUAUAGCUUAUUGGUGCCCCGUGAAGGCUAUGGUCCGGGAAUGCAGGACUGGGGUUUUGUUGAAGUGCGUAAGGGUGCGCACAUGUUCUGGUGGCUCUACUACACCACGGCUGACGUACAAAAAUUCACCGAUCGUCCGUUGCUGAUUUGGCUCCAAGGAGGUCCUGGAGCGUCCUCGAUGUAUGGCAACUUCGAAGAAUUGGGUCCUCUAACCCUUGAAGGCGACCACAGAAAUCACACAUGGGUACAAGACUACAAUGUUCUAUUCAUCGACAAUCCCGUGGGUACCGGCUUCAGCUACGUGGAAAACAAAGCUCUUCUUACAAAAAAUAACGCUGAGAUUGCUGAAGAUCUACUCACAUUUACCAAGGAGUUUUAUCGACAGAACCCUGAAUUUAGCAACACAUCAUUGCACAUUUAUGCCGAAAGUUACGGAGGAAAGAUGGCACCGGAGUUUGCAUAUGUUCUGCAUAAAGCGAUACAAAAUGGCGACAUCGAUGCGAAGCUCGAGUCCGUGGGAAUUAUUGCGCCUUGGGUGUCACCAAUAGAUUCCGUUUUAUCAUGGCCUGGUUUUCUUCUCAAUAUGGGAUUUGUCGAUACGAAAGGAUACAAAGAAAUUCAUUCUGCGGCAGUUGAAACAGAGCGCAUUCUUAACGAAGGACGAUUUGAAGAAGCUACUUGGCAGUGGGGACAGACCGAGAGUGUGAUCGUGCGACAAACUCUAGGAAUCGAUUUCUACAAUGUACUGUUCAAACAAAACUUCAAGUCGACCCAGUUUCGACUGGGAAUGUUUGCGAAAGAUUUAAGACAGGCUACAUCAGAUAGUGCCAUUCGGUUAGCUUCUGAGGACCGCGAUCAAAUGUUGGAGAAUUUAAUGCGUGGACCAGUCGCAGAGAAACUUCAGCUGCCGCCGGAAUCUGUAUAUAAUGCUCAGGGUAGCAACGUAUUUUCUAGCAUGGCUGGUGAUUUCAUGAAGCCAGCAGGACACAUAGUGGAGCUUCUUCUCAACAACACCGGGUUGGACGUAGUGGUUAUAACCGGACAGCUAGACUUGAUCGUCGCUACACCAGGAAAUGUGAUAUGGCUUGAGAAGCUUCAAUGGGAUGGACGCAAUGGGUACCUGGCAGCACCAAGAAACGGAGUAGGACCACAAGGUUUUCUAGAGGGGUAUCAAAAAAGUUUCGGAAAAUUACAUAUGUACUGGGCUCUGCGAGCUGGCCAUAUGGUUCCUGCCGAUAAUCCUGUUGUAAUGGAUUACAUUUUACGUAAACAUGCCCGCUACCCGAAAUAAUAAUCGAUAGGAAUAUAUUGCGAGUGAAUAGCUACAAAUUGCAUUUCAUAAUCGAGUUUUCAUUUUAAUGAGAGCCUUCACAUUUGCUAAGAAAAGAAGAAUAAAUUUAUUUUAAUAA